AUGGCAGAUGACAACUUUGAUGAUUGGUGGAAGUCUUUGUGGGAAAAAAACAAAGGUAAACUUAAAAAAAAAAAUUAAAAGUAGUAAUUAAAAAUGUUGAAUGUUUAUUCAGAGAAAAUCGUGAGAGUAUAACAGCUAUCCUUUUUUGUAUACUAGACUUCUGAUUUCCAGUUCUGUGUACCCCACUAUUCCACAUUAUUUUUACAUUUUUUCCUCUUUUGUUACUUUAUAUUAUAUUCUGUAAAUUUCAUAAAAUUAAUGAAUUCAUUAAUAUACAUUCUUAAUCCCUCUUUAGAAUUUGUACAUAUACCUGAUACAAAAUACAAUUGUAUUUAACAUUAAGUUUUUUUAGAUUUUAUAAUAGAUUAGGCCAAACCAAAAUAUACUAUACUUAGACACUAAGUUCCUAUAAUAAAAUUAUUAAACACUUAUUUAAUAUAUGUUAAAUAUAUACAAAUCAUAAAUAUAAAACAAUUAAUGUAGUGCAUCUGUUAUCAUAUUUUUAAGCUAUUAACUAUUAUUUCUACAUUUAUUGUAAAAAAUAACAUGAUAGAUGUAUGCAUUCUCACAGAAAUAAUUUAAAAAACAAUUUUUAAUUUUUCUACCAGCAAACUGAAUUAUUUGUAUAGUUGAGGAGACACAAAUGAUUUUCUGAUUCUUGACAUACCGGUUUUAACAGAAGCUGUAAUUGUCCAAAUGUGAUGAAACUCCGAACAGAUCUUCCGACUAUAAAUCUACUCACACUCCCCAAGUUUAAAGUACAAAUAACUUUAACUUUAAACUUGUGGGGUAGGUUAGAUUAGGUUAGGUUUUUGUUUUAUAGUUUUAGGAAAUUAGUUAUUGAUACUUAUUUAGUAUAUUUUAUAUUUAUGUAUAAAUUAUUUACAUUAAAAUCAAAAGUAAAUGUAUUUUGCCAUCAUUUUUAAAUAGUUAAUUUGGUUAAUAAUAUAAAAGUAAAAAUAAUAUGGAUCAUAUAACUAUCUAUAUAUUAUACAGGUAUAUAGCUAUGUUUAUACAUUUUUAUGGUGGUGUUACAAUUGUCUGAUUUCUUUAACUCAAAUAAACUACAAUUAACUAUACUAUUUUUAAAAUGAGAAACAAGCAUACAAUUUAUCAAUUUUAAUUGAUUUUAUUUAUUCAGUACUAUUUUCAAAUUUUUCGCUGCUUGGAAAAAUUGCUAUUGUUAAAAAUAAUUCUAUGAUAAAUGUUCGAUUCCUAGCAACUAUUAUCAUUUAUACUUGCUGCAUGGUUAUUUUCUUUUUCUUGUUUAGACCGGGUUGAAUUAAAAAUAGAAUAAUUAAUAAAUACUUAUAGGUAUGCAAAAAUGAAACUGAUUUAGUUAAAUAUGAUGAAAGUAAAAUAAGUGUUUAAAAAUAAUUUUAAAAUAUAUGUUUAUUAUUCAUUAAAUUAUAAAGUGUAGAUUAUGAUAAAGUAUUUAUGAUCAAGAUUGUAUCAAAUUUUCGACAACAUUUUGUACUAGCAUAGUCUUAAAAAAAGAGCCAAUGCCUUUUACAAUUUUUUUUUUCAAAAUUUGAACUUUAAUUGAAUUAAUUGUAACCACGGAGGACAGUCACACAAACAUUCACAUAUAGCAAAAAUCUUCAUGAAUAAACUUCCACCUUACUUUGUACACCCACUUUUAUUUGUGAUUUUACCUUUCUAAAAAUAUGAUAAUUUUUAAAAUUUCAGUUGUUGAUUUCGAAUUGGAAAAGAAUAGAAAUGAAACAAAAGAUAAUUCAAUCUUUAAUGAACGCACUCCUGAUGAUUUUGUCAAAGCCAAGAGAAUGAAAUUUAAAGAAUUUAAUGAAAAUAAUAGUCAAUUAUAUGACUCUUUAGAUAAUGGUGGAGUUAAAGAAUUACCGGAUAAAGCAUAUCAACGGAAAACAAAAAUAAAUCAAGAUAAAACUGCUAUUGAGGAUAACUUUAAAGAGUUAGAAGAAGAAACUAAAAAUUAUUAUGAUAUUUUACCUAAAGAUUGGAUUGAAAUAAAUCAUAAGAGUGGCAUGCCCAUAUAUUUGCACACAAAAUCCAGAACUGUGUCAUUAACAAGACCAUAUUUUUUGGGAUCUGAUGAUCCUGAGUUACACGUACUACCACCGAUACCACCAUUGUUGGCAUUAAGUUCUACACAAGGGGAAAAAGGUUUUGAAACUGAAGAAACCAAAAUAAAUGACCAUGAUUUUCAGACACGUAAACUAGACAAUAUGAUUAAACCAACUGCCGAAGUUAAGAAUUCUCAAGAAAAUAUUAAUAAAAAAUCUUCCUUUAAGUGAGUAUUUAAAACAAAUGUAGAUAUAUAAUUUUAACUUUUUUUUUUAAUUUGAAUAAUAUAUUUCAAUUUUAGGAUAAAGGAAAUUAAUGCUGCUUUGGAACAGAGUUCUCCACAACAUACAAGUUCAGAAAAUGUGUCCAUACAAACAAAUUCAGUGGAAAGACCUUUACUUUCAGAUAGCGAUAAUAUAACAUCAUUUCCAGUUCAAAGCGAGGAACAUGAACGUUUGAGUAGUUUUCAGAAAUGGAUAUUACAUCAAAAUGGUAAAAGCGUUGUGUAUAUCUUAAAGGAAUAUUUAACAAAGAUAUUUAAAAUCAAACCUGUCUAUGAUUUUAAAGAAACUGAAAAUUCAGAAACUCCUUAUUCUGCAAGUGUUUUCCUUAAAAAUGUUUGUUAUGGUGUUGGUUCUAGUCAAACUAAAAGGCAAGCAAAACUGAAUGCUGCCAGAGCAACAUUAUAUAUUCUCAUACCACAAAUGAACAAAAAAACCGAUUUAGAUCAACAAAUCCAUCACUAUCCAGCCAUUUUUAACCAACUUGAAAUCACUGAUCGUAGAGUUAGUGUCUAUUGUGACAUAUUCUCAAAAAAAAUGCCCUAUGAAAUGCUAUUACUGUGUUUGCAAAAGAAUUUCAAAGACUAUGAAGUUGAUUAUAGAUAUAGGGGUCCUUAUGGGAAAUUAAGUAAAUACUCUAUGAAAGUUGGUCAAUUUGCGGUUUAUGUCCAAUGUGUAAAUAAAGAAGAUGGUAAACAAAUAGCUUCUCAAACAAUGCUGGAUCUUUUACAUCCGCCCAUUGACAAUUGGGGUUCAUUAUUGUGUCUGUAUGAUGGCUUAGAGCUCAUAGAGAAACCACCGCAGUUGGAACAUAAUAUUGCCGUAAUAAAUGAAUUAAAAAAAACAAUGUACAGAUUCCAUAUCCAAUCCAAAUCAUCAAAAGACUCUAAUACCCAACUACUGCCAGAAAGCAAGUAAUGUAAUAAUAAAUAGGUUUUGAGUAAUGAGGAUAUCCAAAUUUUUUUAAUCCAGAUUUCUCAGAUUAUUUGACCCAUUUUGUAAGUUUUUUUCAUUAUCUAUCUUUUAUUAAUAUCACUCGUGUAAAAACUUUUCAUUAAUUUAUAUCAUAUUAUUUCCUACUCAUUUUGUCUACCGGUGUUGGCCCAAAUCAUAGGAUAACCUCUUAUUUAUAAAAUUGGAGUACUAAUAAAAUUAAUAGUAAUAAUAAAUAAUUAAGAUAAUAUAGAGAUUAUGAGGGCAGU